UAAUGCACAACUGUAUGCACAAAAUUUAUGAAAGCUUUGCAAAUUUUCUUUACGAAACAAUUGCAACAACGUUCCGAUUUAUCGUGGAAAGAAAUCGUGGAAAGGAGUCUCAUACUUUAUCUCGAACAUGUAUGAACGAUUUAAUAAGCAGUUCGAAAUGUUUAAAGUCUUAUUGAUCUUCUUGACAUUUCUUAUUCUUAUGAUCGGUGGCUUACCGUCGGAUGCUAAUCUAAAUAGAACCGAUUUUAAAUGCAGCGGACGUUCAUAUCACAAUGUUACUUUAACCGCAUAUUAUCCAGACUAUACAAGUGACGACGAAAUCGAUUAUUUGGACAUCAGAGGAAAGAAAUUAAAAACUUUACAGGAUUACAUAGAUGGACGUGAGACUUACGUUAGCGCUAGCAUGGACUUGAUAGGUACGGAUCUCAAAUAUGGCUCUAAUUUGUGCAUACCAGAAUUAAACGAGCACUUUGGAAGGCGCAUUCCUUUACAAGCACGUGAUUUUGACAGCAACAUUAAAGGAAAGAAAUUCACGAGAGUGGACAUUUGCGUCAGGACUGAUAUCGACAGUUAUGAUAAGGCUGUGAAUCGUCUUGUCACGCUAUACGUAUGAUCGUUCGAUCAAGAGAAAGAUUAAUGAAAUUAAAUUAAUAAUUAUGUUUAUUCCUUCGAAUCUUUCUUUUUAUCCAUAAACUAUUUCUGAAAAAAUCGUA